AUGGCCGACCUAGCAGCGCCUCCGUCGGGCCGUGCCGACCCGGCCAAGGCCUCCGACACCGAUCUCGAGAAGGGCGUCCUUGAGCUCAACUCGGACCUGGAAGCCCCGACUCUCGUGCCCGAUGAGAAGGAUGAAAAGACGGUUGAAGACCCCAACAUCGUCAGCUGGGACGGCCCCGAUGACCCAACAAACCCGAAGAACUGGACGAUGCGCAAAAAAUGGGGUAACAUUGCUGUGCUUUCUAUCCUGACGUUUAUCACCCCCCUCGGCUCGUCCAUGUUUGCCCCCGGCAUCCCCCGCAUCCUUGCCGAGUUCCACGAGACCUCCUCCGUAACCGCCACGUUUAUCUUGUCCAUCUACAUCCUCGGCUUCGCCUUCGGACCACUCAUCGUUGCGCCCAUGAGCGAGAUCCAUGGCCGCUCACCCCUCUACAACAUCGGCAAUGUUUUCUUCACCAUCUUCAGCAUCUGCACCGCCCUCAGCAACAGCAUCGGUAUGAUGAUGGCCUUCCGCUUCCUCAUGGGUGUCGCCGGCUCCGUCCCCAUCACCAUCGGCAGCGGUAGCAUCGCCGACAUGAUGCCCGUCGAGAUGCGCGGCCGCGCCAUGGCUGCUUGGGCCCUUGGUCCGCUGCUGGGCCCUUGUAUCGGUCCCGUGGCCGGUGGCUAUCUGAUCCGUGCAGUGGGCUGGCGCUGGGUGUACUGGCUUCUGGCUAUUCUUGCGGGUAUCAUCGCCGUGUUUACGUUCUUCACUCUCCAGGAGUCGUAUGCCCCGGUCAUUCUUGAGAGGAAGACCCGGCGGCUACGAAAGGAGACGGGGAACCCGAACCUGCGCAGUGAGCUGGAGAGCGCGGGUGCAUCGCCGGCGGAGAAGGUCAAGCUGGCUAUUGUCCGCCCGCUGAAACUGCUGUUCCUUGCGCCUAUCGUCACCUGCACCUCGCUCUACGUGGCCAUUACUUACGGCACGUUGUACCUCCUUUUCUCGACGUUCAGUCUCGUCUUCCCCCGCUACUACGGCUUCGACGAGGGCCAGAGUGGCCUCGUCUUCAUCCCCUCCGCCAUCGGCAUGGCCAUCGGCAUCGUCGUUUUCGGCGCCCUUUCCGACCGUCGCGUCAAGAACAACCUCGACUCGGGCGCCGAACACCGUGCUGAGAUCCGGCUUACACCCGCAUUCACGCUCCCCGCCGGCAUCGCCAUCCCCGCUGGCCUAUUCAUCUACGGCUGGACCAUCCAGUACCACAUCCACUGGAUUGUGCCCAUGGUUGGAGUGGUCAUCUUUGCUUUUGGCCUCAUGGGUAUUAUGAUGUGCAUCCAAAACUAUCUUCUCGACGUCUACCCGCGUGCUGCCGCGUCCGUCACCGCCGCCUUGGCCGUUCUCCGUUCGCUCGCCGGCGCCCUACUCCCGCUCUGCGCUGUCAGCAUGUACGGCGCGCUCGACAUGGGCUGGGGCAACUCGCUUCUUGCGUUCAUCGCUGUUGCGCUCAUUCCUAUCCCGUUGCUGUUUUACUUUUUCGGGGCCCGGUUGGUGAAGAAGUUUGAGAUCAACUUAUAG